GGUCUCGUUUCUCGUGUCGUUGCAGCCGUCACAAAAACCAAUCAACGCUUCCUUGUCCAUCGAUGGUAAGAGUUUCUUGGGUGAAGUCACCGGUGUUUUCAUGGCCGUCCUCGCUGUCGUUCAACAAGGGUCUGCUUCUGUCGCUUUUCUUGGGAACGGUUCUGAUUCUGCUUUUGGGUGUGGUUGAGCAACACGACCGCCACCUUCAUCACCAUGACGGCCAUCAUUUGAGAGCUACCGCUGCUUCAUCUUCCCCCGCCUUCCAUGGCCGAGAACUCCAAGAUGAGGCUCUCAAUGCCACUGCGUUCUUCAAUGUUUCCGACUCCGACAUCACGUCAUUUUGCGAUGCCAAUUGUCCCACUCCAACCGAGAAUUCCUGGAUCACGGCAAUUCCAGAUUUUCUGCAGUACAUCAUGAUCAUUCUCCUUAUUCUUAUGUCAGCUCUGUUUAGUGGGUUGACGCUGGGACUGAUGGGGCUGGAUAAAACGGGGCUCGAAAUCGUGAUGGAAGGGGACGACGAAGUCAACGCUGAAGCCGCCAAAAGAAUCUAUCCCGUUCGAAAACAAGGAAAUCUUCUCCUCUGCACUCUUCUCUUGGGCAAUGUUGCCGUCAAUGCCUUGCUUUCCAUUUUACUAGCGGACAAAGCCGGAGGUGCCGUGGGAUUUAUUAUUAGUACCUUCCUCAUUGUGAUUUUUGGAGAAAUUUUGCCGCAAGCGCUGUGUUCGCGCUAUGCCCUUCUGAUUGGCAGCAAGACCAUUCCGCUCGUGCUGGUGAUUCGAUUCAUCCUCUUCCCGGUUGCGUUUCCUCUUGCAUUCAUUCUCGACAAGGCUCUGGGUGAAGAGCUUGCCACUACUUACAGUUCUGCCGAAAUGCUGAAGAUGCUCCAGAUUCACGUACAAGAAAAGGUGCUGGAUAAUGACACUGCUGUAACGAUGAGAGGGGCUCUCAAAUACAAAGAUAUGACGGUCAGCGAAGUCAUGACACCUCUCAAGAACACUUACAUGCUGAACGUCGACGAACGGUUGAAUUUCGAGACUAUCGCUUCCAUUUUCAAGACUGGGUAUUCUCGUAUUCCCGUCUAUGAAGUCAGCAAAAAUAAUGUCAUUGGUCUGUUGUUCGUGAAGGACCUCAUUUUCAUCGACCCAGAGGACACUGUUCCGUUGCGACAAUUUGUUCAAGUGUUUGGACGUGGAGUUCACGUUGUGUGGCCUGUGGACAAGCUAGGAGACGUCUUGCGUGAGCUCCGAGGGGGGCGCUCCCACAUGGCCCUGGUACGCGAUGUUGUCAGCGUCGGCGACACUGACCCCUACUACGAAAUCAAAGGAAUCAUCACGCUGGAAGACAUCGUCGAAGAGAUCCUUGGUCACGAGAUUGUGGACGAGACGGAUGCCUUUGUCGACGGCACGCAUCAGGUGAAAGUGAACCGUGAGGAAGGUUUUGAAUGGGCAAAGCUUCGUCUCCUUGGCUCAAAAAUCGUGGAUGAAAAGCUUUCGUACUCGGAAUCCAAAGCCAUCACGGCUCAUAUGUUGGCCAACUAUUCGAAGGCUGUAUCACACAUGACUGAAGACCAGCUACUCAAACUCGUGAGUGAGACUGUGGUGUCAAAGUUUCCCACGGCAGAACGGGAAAUUGGGAAAGACCUCCCCGACGAUCUCCUCUACGAAAAAGGAGUGUCUAGCAACGUGGCUACUUUGAUACUGAACGGAAAAGUGACCGUAAUCUCUGGUGCAGACGAGUUCCGAGCUGAUGCUUCGUCCUGGACCUUGCUCGGUAUUAACGCACUUCGUGAUCCUCAAUUCGCACCAGACUUUACCGCCUUUGUCUGCAAUGGCCCCCUGCGGUGUCUGCAAUUCUCGCGUGACAAUUUUGUCAAGGCUUUGGAUGCCUCUGCAUCACAGCGAGACUUGAUGAAGAAGAGUUCGAGCUCAUUUGGGAAUGUAGCGCCGAAGCAGCCCCAACAAAAUGGCUCGUCGGCUGAGCCUGAUCCUGCGGUCUCCACAGUUCCCGCAAAGGUUGUCUCCAAGAAUUCAGAAAGCGAAGCGGCUACUGAUCAAGUAGAGCCUGAAGAGGAGUAGGCAAACAAAAGCAGAACCCAACCGGAAUGAAUCGAACAAUCAGUGGGUAUGUCUGGCAUCUCGGACCCCGACCUUGAGCAGCUCACUUGGGCUCGGACGGGAAGGCAAAAUAGUCUAAACGUAAACCUGUCUUUGGAAAAGGUACAU